AUGGCGAUGAAAGUACUCGCAAAAUGUAUGAGCUCAAAAGGCCGCGUGGGAGCCACGGGCAUCGCAAACUCAUAUCGAGGUCUCACAAAAACAAAAGGCUACGCAACAGUCAACAAUGCCGAGACGGAGAAUCUUUGGAGUCGCAAACCAAAAGAACAUGCAUCGCCUGUUAAAGUGCCGGAAUGGAACAAAUUGGUUGAUGCCGCACGUGAGGCGCUGGACAACUCCAGUAUUAGCCAAGAUGAGAAGGAAGCGGUGCUUCAGGACCUUCAACGUCGGGUAGACAAGAAGCCCAGAAAUUCGAGCACGAGAAAGGAUAUUCAGCUCCAGUUUACCAUGGCCAUCCAGAAGGACGAUGUACCCGCAGCCCUGAAGUCUCUCGCCGUAACGACACGUCUUACCGACGAUGUUAUGAAGGACGUUUCAGUCGCGCUGGAUGAGCAACGCGAGGCCGAUGAUGCCACCAAGAACGMGUUGAUUGCUCGUCUGAGACAAUCACUAGCUGAAGCGAAGACUUCUGUGAACCGGCGAUCUCUUACCGGCGAAAUCUACAACGCUUUGAGGCAGCCAAAUGCUCUGACGGCGUUGCAAGCAAUCAACCCAUCCAUAUUGGAUGUGCCCUCGGAGAAGGUUAUCGAGGAGAACGCAGACCAGGACAAUGGCUCGAACUCUGCUCAGGUUACGGUCGUUGACAUUGCUUACGUUCAGAAGAACAUGCCCUUGCCGGCCAAGCACGAUUAUCCUGKCAAAAAGUAUGAGACACUUUUUGCGCCCCACGUCGUUGCCAACACAAUCGACAAUUUCUGUGCGAGGAAGAAGUUGCGUAAAAUUGCCAAAGUGAAGCUCGAAUUAUAUACAUACGCGCCAGGCACAGGUCCACCGGGAGUCAAUCAUAAAGCCUCAUUCCAGACCUGGACAUACCAACUCAAAUUCGCGAUCCCUGGUCUCGUUGAGGAACAGAAUGUUGUUGGAUACGGUCUCAACCGACAAUCCGCCAAGCAUGCUGCAUAUCUCCAGAUCUUGUCAAGAAUGCAUGUUGGAGGUACCUUGAAAGAAUUGCUCGCAAAGCCUGGGACCGAGAAGAAAUCGACGGUGAAGGAGACGAAGCAGGAUCUCUCGGCUGCUAAAGUCGUUACUUCCGCUCCUCCAUCUACGCCUGCCACUACAUUGGGAGAAUCCGAAGAAGGCCCAUUCCCGUCACCAGAGCAGUACCCAGGUGCUUUGCCGGAGCUGUUCGAUCCACGCAACAUAGCAACGGCCAUUCACAACGCAUGUCAAAAGCAUAAAAUUUCACUCAAAGCCGAGGGCGAAGUUUUCCCGGCCACAAAAGGAUGCCGUUAUGAGCUCAAAGUCAAUAUCCCGGACAUACUUACGCAGACUGCAAUUGGUAGAGGCACAAACGCGAAGCUUGCGAAGAUUGAUUCUUGGAGGAAUAUGGUAAGGAAAUUGCACGCGAGUGGGCACUUGCGGCAGCUUUUCCCAGAUCCUGGCAGCAAGGGUGCUCUGAUUCAACCUCAACCCGAGCAACUCGCAGAAGAUAUUGAGCUGGUCACAAUCGACGAUCGGACCAUGAAGGCAGAGAAAGAUGCCAAGAUUGAGAUCUACAACUAUGCUGCGAGCUAUGGGCUUGUACCUGAGUUCGAGAUCAAGCAUGUCAUGCCCCGGACGAGACGGUCGAGAGUUGGACAGGUAACAAAGAAGUCCCGCCCUGCAGUGCAGGUAUCAAUCAGGCUUGAGCAGCUCGGGAUCAACGUCACCAGUGCCGGAAAGGAUCUGUCGACUGCAGAAGUAGCCGCAGCAUUGAGUUUCAAACGACAGGCUGAGAGACUGCUGUCGACUGGAGACGGUGUAGAGGCUCCAAGCCCAGUCCCGGGCUUUGAUAGCCUCAAUGUGGAGUCUGCGCCAAUGUUUUUCGACUUCCUUCGCAGUGUCAAGCGAGGMAUUUUCUUGGAUCUCGAGCAAGAAACUGUGACAAUUGUUGGCGUCAGUCAUCAGUCGACGACCGUGACGAUGAAUGGAACUCCCGUCGGCUCGGCUGUCACAAUGACUAGGAAGAAAGACUCGACCGCUGUUGCAUACCUUUGCGCUGCGAUAGAAAUUCUCAAGAUAGAGCCCGAGCUGAUUCCAGAGUUUGCCGAAGCUAUGAGACAAGGCAAGGGAAAAUUUUUGCGCGCUCAACGUCCAAUCAGUGCCCCGAUCGAGAUGGAAACCUUGGACAUGAUGCGGGAAACUCUUGUGCACGCCCGGCGCGCUGGCUUACCUGAUGAACGGGAGGCUUUGGGCGCUGAAGAGAUUCGAGCGGAUACAGAACUCAGCAGACGUGGUAUUGUUGUAUCAGCGUCUGAGCGGACAAUGGCAAGUGAGCAGCUUCUCAUCGCUCAGCAACGUUUCGAGCAAGAUCCCGAACUUGAGAAACUGCGUUCAACCAAGGCAUCGCUCCCGAUGAGCCAAUAUCGAUCUCAGKUCCUCGAGAUUGCCCAGAAUCUUUACAGCAUCAUCAUUGGCGCCACCGGCUCUGGGAAGACAACGCAGGUGCCUCAGAUUCUUCUGGAAGACGCGAUUUCACGUGGAGAGGGCGGAUUGUGCGACAUUAUCUGCACUCAACCCAGACGUCUUGCGGCAACUUCGGUGGCCCAGCGAGUCGCGGCGGAGCGAAACGAGCCGUUGCGAAAUUCUGUAGGAUACCRGGUCCGGUUUGAUGCCAAGCUGCCAAAGCCAGCCGGAAGCAUCACAUACUGCACGACAGGUAUAUUGCUUGAGCAGCUCAAGCACGACGCCGAUGGCAUCAUGGACAGAGUUUCUCAUCUUGUGAUCGAUGAGGUUCACGAGCGAGAUCUCAACAUCGAUUUUUUGUUGAUCAUUCUCAAGAAGGCGAUCAAGGCGAGACGAGAAGCUGGGAAGCCCGUGCCCAAGGUGAUCCUCAUGUCAGCAACUCUGGAUGUGAAGCUUUUUGCCGAGUAUCUCACCCGUGACGGCAGUCGUGAGACUAUACCAUGCCCGUCUUUGAGUGUCCCUGGGCGGACGUUCCCUGUCAAGGAAAGAUAUCUGCAAGACGUCAUGGAUGACAUCAAAAGAUCGCACGCAAGAGAACUUGAUUCUCUUCUUCACUCCGAGAAUCCGUCCGUCUCCCUCGACUAUCUGGAUGCUGAGUACAAGUUCGCAACAGGUGCCAGCGGUGCUGCUCCCGGAGAACUCUCUGGUAUUGACUGGAAGCGGGAGCGGAGGACGGAUGCCGAAGAAGACGGACAAGAUGUGAACGAAAAAGAAGAUGGACGGGUGCCUGUCCCGCUUCUUGCAGCUGCAAUUGCACACAUUUGCAACACCAGCAAAGACGAUGGCGCAAUCCUUGCCUUCCUGCCAGGCUUGGCCGAAAUAACCCGCACCGAGGAGAUAUUGACGAGACAACCCAUCUUUGGCGUCAAAUUCAGUGAUGCCGCCAAAUUCAAGAUUCAUUCUCUCCACUCACAAAUUCCUCCACAACAGCAAAUGGAAGUACUCGAUCGACCUGCGCCGGGCUGUCGUAAAAUCAUUCUUUCUACAAACAUCGCCGAAACUAGCAUUACAGUGCCCGAUGUGAAGCAUGUCAUCGACCUGGGAAAGCUUCGCGAGAAAAGAUACGACCAAUUGCGACGCAUUACCAAGCUGCAAACAGUAUGGGCGUCGAAUUCCAACGCCAAACAACGCGCUGGUCGUGCUGGUCGGGUGCAGGAGGGAAGUUACUACGGGCUGUACUCUCGCGAGCGACGCAGCGCAAUGCCAGCAGCUGGUCUCCCCGAGCUUCUUCGCAGCGAUUUGCAAAGUGUCUGUCUUUCCAUCAAGGCGCAAGGUUACGAGCAGUCCGUGGCUUCUUUCCUCGACGAAGCUAUCGAGUCUCCACCGCGGAAUGCUGUGACUUCAGCUGUGGAGAAUUUGAAGUCGAUCAACGCAUUCACAAGCGAUGAGAAGCUUACUGCCCUUGGUCGCGUUCUCUCGAAACUGCCCGUUCAUCCUUCACUCGGCAAGAUGAUUCUUCUGGGUGUUGUCUUCCGAUGUCUGGAUCCGAUGGUGGUUCUUGGAUCCAUGGAUGGCGAGAGGUCUUUGUUCGUGACGCCUGUCGCGACUCGCACACAGGCCAAGCUUGCUCACAGUAAGUUCAACACAUAUAAGAGCGAUCAUCUGGCACUGCUUGAGGCGUUCCGAACCUUGAGGAGAUUCAAAGAUGAAGCUGGAAUGUAUCGUACCAUGGACUACGCCUAUCAAAACUUCCUCCACGUCGGAGCGUUCAAGUCGAUUGACUCUACGGCCCAGCAAAUCGAGCAGAUUCUCAUAGAUUCAGGCAUUGUGUCUCCGAUCAAUGGCUCCUUUGAGUACGGCGGACUGUCACUGAACACAAACUCAAAUAAUCCUAUGCUCAUCAAAUCUCUAUUCCUCGCAGGUGUUCAUCCGAACAUUGGCGUGAAGAAUGCUGGAAAGACACAGGUUUAUAGGACAGGGAGCGAACAGGKUGUGCUUCUUCAUCCUGGCUCUUUGAAUGCUUCUCGAGGACCGGCUUCUGAAGAGGAGCGUAUGUACGCAUUCAGCACACUCGCGAAGAGCGUCACAAGUGACAGCUUGUUCAUGAGAGACGCCACUGUAAUCACGCCAUUAAUGGCCAUGCUCUUUGGUGGUACCCUGCACACCGAAUACUACAAAUCGGUGAAGAUGGACGGCUGGCUUCCCUUCAGAUUCGAAACCACCCGCCUGGAAUAUACCACGAGACUCGUCUUGGAGUUCCGAAAAGCUCUCGACCGCGUUCUGCACUCCUCCUUCAAGGCUUUGUCGUCGAGCCAAGGGCGGCCGAUUGACGAAGAUCCUGUUCGGGAGUACUUUGCAAACAGUGUUGCAGAUAUCAUGAAAACACAGGAUUCAGAGAGACAGCGGUCCAGAGAGUCGUGGGUUCCUGCUGGUUGGGGCCGAUCUGGAGAGAGAUCAUAG